AUGGCUUUGAGAAUGGAGGUGUCAGGUGAGGAUGAAAGGAUGAGUGAUCUAAACGAGGACUCGAAAUCGAAAUCGUCCCCUGUAGACACUACAAUGGAAUCACCUAACUGUAAGUAUCUCACUGUAGAUUUUCACUACAAUGGAAUGUUUGCACCAAACCCGUUAUUGUACUUAGACCCCAUGAGUAUGUCCAUUCGUGAGGUGGAUUUUGGUGGCAUGAACUAUAGAGAAUUUGUGUUGUGGGUUUCAAAGCUGACAAGACGAAGCUGUGGUAAUUUCUACUAUUGUAGUACUCAUAAGAGGGUAUUAGAAGAAUCGACAAUGAUGUUGAUUAUUUUGACUUUAUGGAAAAUGAUUACAUGGAUAAGAACAAGCUAA